GAUCUGACAGUUGUCAUUUUAUUUUACGACGUCUUUGUGUAUCACUAAACGACUUUCAUUAGAAGUGAAACGAUAGAUAAUUAUUUAUAAAUAACACAAAAUACGGUUUUACUUUAACAGUCGUAAUAAACUAGAUCUGUAGUAAUUAUAUAAAUUGCACAUUGUUCAAGAUGUCUCACAAGGAUCCAGGACCUAUCCCUAACAGGUGGCUAAAGUGCCCACGAAAGGCUACUAGUUUGGUUGCAGACAAAUUUUUAGCUUUUAAGACACCUCUAGGUAGUCAAUUUAACGACAAAGUACCUGAAGAAAGUCGAUUUACACCCUCUAUGCUGUUCUCCUUUAUGAAAAGCAUGAAGGUAAAGCUUGGAUUAUGGAUUGAUUUGACUAACACCAGCCGUUUUUAUGACAAGAAGGAGAUUGAAAAUAUGGAUUGCAAAUAUGUAAAAUUGCAGUGUCGUGGACAUGGUGAAACACCAUCUCUUGACCAGACUAAAACAUUCAUUCAACUAGUGAGCAAAUUUCUCGCACAGAAUCCUCUACAGGUGAUUGGUGUCCACUGUACUCACGGUUUCAACAGAACUGGCUUUCUCUUAGUCUCAUAUAUGGUGGAACAUUUGGAUUGCAGUGUUGAGGGUGCCCUGUAUGAGUUCUCGAAGCUGAGACCUCCGGGCAUAUACAAGCAGGAUUAUCUACAAGAGUUAUACAGGAGGUAUGACGAUGUCGAAUUUACUCCUGCAGCUCCAGAGAGGCCUAGCUGGUGUAUUGAGGAGGAAGAAAUUGAUUAUGAUGAUGAUGAUGUCCCAAAUGCACAAUCUGAACCAGAACCAAACAGUUCAUCACAUUCUGGCCACAAACGGAAAGGUAGAAAGGAGACUACACACAAAAAGGCUGUAUUUGUACCUGGAGUAAGAGGCGUGGAGCCCUUCAAUACUCAGCCACGCCUCAGCGAAGUACAGAGGAAGACACAAAAGUUUUGCGAAUGGGAUAAAACAGGGUUCCCAGGUGCGCAGCCUGUUUCUAUGGAUGUAACAAAUUUGAGGAAAUUACAUGAAAAACCAUACAGAGUUUCAUGGAAAGCGGACGGAGUGAGGUACAUGAUGUUAAUAGACGGCGAGGGAGAGGUGUACAUGUUUGACAGAGACAACUGUGCCUUCAAAGUGUUUGGUUUAAGAUUCCUGCACAGACAUGAUCUGAGAAGACAUCUAAAGGAUACAUUGCUUGAUGGUGAAUUAGUUAUAGACAAAGUGAAAGGUCAAAACAUACCAAGGUAUCUAGUUUACGAUAUAAUAAAAUACGAGGGAGAAGACGUCGGCAAAAUGGCGUUCUACCCCACGCGGUUGGAGUACAUUGAGAAAGAAAUUGUUAAUCCCAGGCACGAAGCAAUGAUGAAGGGUAUCAUAAAGAAAGACCAAGAACCAUUCAGCGUGAGAUUAAAGCAGUUUUGGGAGGUAUCGAUGGCGUCACGGCUGCUAGGCGAAAAGUUUGCGAAGACGUUAUCCCAUGAACCAGAUGGACUCAUUUUCCAACCAUCCAAGGAGCCAUAUCAACCUGGCCCGUGUCCGGACGUUUUGAAAUGGAAACCGAGCAAUAUGAAUAGCGUUGAUUUCAAGUUGCAAAUAGUUACUAAGGAUGGAUUAGGGAUGUUACCUACAAAACAAGCCCUCUUGUACGUUGGACAAUAUAGUGAACCGUUCGCUUCAAUGCGAGUAACAAAAGACAUAAAGCAUUUAAAUAAUAAAAUAAUAGAGUGCACUUUUGAUCAAAACACCAAUCAGUGGGUUUUUAUGAGAGAAAGAACGGAUAAGUCAUAUCCAAACAGCUUCAACACUGCCAAAGCUGUAUGCGAAAGUAUACAAGAACCCGUUACCAGCGAGCGACUUCUGGAUUAUAUUAAAAAACAUCGGUUCCACGACGAUUCCGAUAUUAUGCCGCCACCUAAACGUUCGCGUUACUAACGUGGUGGAAGCUUAGAUAAGAAAUGCCAGUAAAUAUAAACAUUGAUACUUGAAUUUUUUAUUCGGGCAGCAGUAGUGAUGUGUCAAAUAAGAUCGAGGUACUCGGAUACUAAUACUUAAUAUACAUAAUUCGGAUAUACGGUAAUCGAAUACAGGUUUCGGGUGCUUACGAUACCCGUACUUAAAGUCGACUCGUGUGAUAGUAAGUUGUCCAGGGCCUCUAGACAAGUGGCAAGCGAAUUCGUCGAUUGAAUCGACAUAGCUAGCGAGUCCGUGAGUUGGAAUGAGUCAUCCGGCGUUGCUAUCUCAUUCUAUCUCAUGAACUCGCUAGCGAUGUCGAUUCCAUCGACGAAUUCACUUGCCACUUGUCUAGAGGCCCUGAUUCUGUUUCUGAAUUAUAUAUUUUUCUUAAUCACAAAAUGAAGAAUGGUUAGAUUACUGAACAUUUAUUAUCUAUAUGAAAGUACUCUUCCGAAUCCUCUGACUCGAAUCAAGAUUCGAUCGUUUUUAAGGAGCGGUCGAAUAAAAAGUAGGGCGGAUAGAUACAUCGCUAAGCAACAAACACGCACGAUACUUUUAUCGUGAUUCAAUGAUCGUUUUUUUUUAUGAUACUUAGAAUGGCAAAGCUGACGGUACACUUAAUGGGAAAUGGUAACCAUCGCCUUUAAACAUAAACAAUACCAUGGGCAUACCAUAUAUAAUAAUCGUAUAUUGUAAUUUUGCAGUGGCAUCGCGUUUAGGCUUUAUCAUGUUCGGUAGCAGAGUCGAAUACAAACAUUUUACAGGUAUUCCUUCGACACUGUAAAAAUCGCACGAUAGAGCUGAUUCUGAAACGCCAUUUUUGCAAACCUAUCUCUUAACCUAAUAUUAUAAUUUGAUAAUUUCAGGAAAUUAUUUUAAGGAACAUUUUAAACUAAAAUUAUAUUAAUUUUGACUUAAAUCUAUUAUAUAAUUAAUUCAUAUUUGUCCCUACAAUAAAAAAUAAGCUGUGAAUAUUUGUAUUUACCAACUAAGACAGCUUGAUAAUCUCCCAAUUCGCUUCCUUAGCAAUCACAAUAUAUACAAACAAAUAACAUUAACUGGACCCUUUCUAAAUAAUUUAUCGCCAUUCUGCGAAACUCGACAAGUUUACAAGUAAAUAUAUCCAAGUCCGGUUACUGGCUGGAACAUGGAAACAGUCCCUUUGAUGUGCUCGAGCAUAAUUAGAAGUUAUAUCAAAUUGAAAUUUUAAUUUUAGAGAUAGCCUUAGAGAAAUGGCGCUCCAGAAUCGAUCUUAAUAUUCUCAUAAUUAACUGGCUGAAUCAGUGUGCAACUGAUUUGUAUAUAUGAAUAUGGAUUAGGAAAUGACUAUAAACGUUUAAAAUAAGAGUCAAUAGAUUGUAUUACAAAAUAGUAGGACCACUAGAAAACACUCGGAUAAGGAGUCGUAUUUAUAAAAUUAUUAAUGAAAAUAUGUCUUCAUUUAUGAAAUUAUAAAUUGUAAAGAUCUUAUUUAAAGUAUCAUUGUUUGUUUUACUUGAUAGCUGUAAAUAUUAAGCGGCUAUUAUAAUUAUACUCUCAAUUAAAUUAAAAUUUAAUAAUACAAUGAUGUAUGUAUUAAAUAAAAUUCAUGAAAAUCAAAA